CUCCGUCUGCCCUGGGUACUGCGCAAAGGAGGGCCGGCGCUGUCCAAGCGGAGGAGGCAGAGUCGCGUGGGGGAGGACCCGGAACCGCGGCGCGGGCAGCGUCUGCGUUUCAGUCGCUGAGCGGUCAGCCGGCCCGCAGCUGGCGCAGGCAGUCUCGGGCUCUAAGGUGGUCGGUCCGGGAGGACGUCGGCGGAGGCCCGCGAGAAGAGAAGCCGCUUCCGCGCGGCGGAGGUGCGCGCCUCCUGCCCGUGGCGAUCGUGUCUCCCGGGAGAUGCUGUGACGGACCCGCGCGGGAGGAGCUCACGCCUCGCGCCCCACUGGACUCGGCGGCCCCGGCGGCUCGGUCACCCGCCUUUCCCAGUGGAAGUAUGCAAGACUUAACAGCACAAGUGACUAGUGAUCUUCUGCAGUUCCCAGAAGUGACCAUUGAAGCCCUUGGAGAAGAUGAAAUAACUUUAGACUCUGUACUUCGUGGGAAGUUUGCUGCAGGAAAAAAUGGACUUGCUUACUUGAGUUGUGGUCCACAACUCGAGGUAGUGCAUUCUCUGACGGGAGAGCGCUUGUCUGCGUACAGGUUCAGUGGCGCGAACGACGAGCCCCCUGUAAUCCUGGCUGUGAAAGAGUUCUCUUGGCAGAAGAGAACCGGCUUGUUAAUUGGAUUGGAAGAUGCAGAGGGGAGUGUUCUUUGUCUGUAUGACCUUGGGAUAUCAAGAGUGGUCAAAGCAGUUGUUCUUCCCGGAAGGGUAACAGCUGUCGAACCUAUAAUUAAUCAUGGCGGAGCCAGCGCGAGCACACAGCAUCUGCACCCGAGUUUGCGAUGGCUUUUUGGUGUGGCGGCUGUGGUGACUAAUGUCGGACAGAUCCUUCUUAUUGACCUAUGUCUUGAUGACCUGUCGUGCAGUCAGAAUGAAGUAGAGGCAUCAGACCUUGAAGUUAUAGCUGGUAUCCCAGCUGAAGUACCACACAUCAGAGAAAAUGCAAUAAAAGAAGGGCGCCAUCUGUGUUUCCAGUUAGGAAGCCCAUCAGGAACAGCCAUUUCGACUCUCAGUUACCUGAACAGGACGAAUCAGCUCGCUGUCGGUUUUUCUGAUGGCUACCUGGCCCUCUGGAACAUGAAAACUAUGAAGAGGGAAUACUACACACAAUUGGAAGGUGGAAGGGUUCCUAUAUAUGCUGUUACUUUUCAAGAACCUGAGAAUGAUCCUCGUAACUGCUGUUACUUGUGGGCUGUUCAGUCUACACAAGAUAGUGAAGGGGAUGUGCUGAGUUUUCAUCUGCUUCAGCUGGCCUUUGGUGAUAGAAAGUGUUUGGCAUCAGGACAAAUCUUAUAUGAGGGGUUAGAGUACUGCGAAGAAAGGUACACACUGGACCUCACAGGUGGCAUGUUCCCUCUGCGGGGACAGACCAGCAAUACCAAACUGUUGGGAUGCCAGAGUAUAGAGAAGUUCCGGUCCCAUGGUGACAGAGAGGAAGGGAUGAGUGAAGCACUGUCUCCUGAGACAAGUGUAUCAGUCUUUACUUGGCAAGUGAAUAUAUAUGGACAAGGAAAGCCUUCUAUAUAUUUGGGGAUUUUUGACAUAAAUCGUUGGUAUCAUGCCCAAAUGCCAGAUUCAUUAAGAUCAGGAGAAUAUCUACAUAAUUGCUCUUACUUUGCUUUGUGGUCCUUGGACUCUGUUGUAAGUAGUACUUCUCCACAUUACAUCUUGGAUAUAUUGGUACAGGAGAGAAGUUUAAGUCGAGGAGUCUGUCCUUCAUAUUCACCUCCAGAACAGUUUUUUAACCCAAGUUCGUAUAAUUUUGAUGCCACUUGUUUGUUAAACUCUGGAGUUAUUCAUAUAACUUGCACUGGCUUUCAGAAGGAGACUUUAACUUUUUUAAAGAAAUCAGGACCAUUUAUCAAUGAAGUCAUUUCUGAUGGUUAUAAUCGAUGUCUUGUGGCUGGCCUUCUCUCACCAAGACUUAUUGAUAUUCAGCCUUCCAGUUUAAGUCAGGAAGAACAGUUAAAAGCUGUAUUGUCAGCAGCAGUCCACACAAGUUCCCUGGGGCUUUUGACUGGAUAUAUCAGGAGGUGGAUAACAGAGGAACAACCAAAUUCUGCUGCUAAUUUGCGCUUUGUUCUUGAAUGGACAUGGAAUAAAGUGAUUCUCACAAAAGAGGAAUUUGACAGACUAUGUACCCCGUUGUUUGAUGGUUCGUGCCGUUUCAUCGACCCACAGACCAUACAGUCUGUUCAGCAGUGCCAUUUGCUUCUUAGCAAUCUUAACACAGUCCUGAGCUGCUUCGUAACAGAGGCCCAAGAGAUCACUGAAAGAGGUCGUAUGAACUUAACCAAUAAGUGUAUGGUUUCCCAGCUCAUCUGUCAGUAUGCACAAAUGGUUCUUUGGUUCUCUCAUUCUGGUCUUUUACCAGAGGGCUUAGAUGAUGCUGUGCAGUUGUCAAGGUUAUACUACAACUACCCUGUAAUUCAGAACUACUACACCAGUCGCCGACAGAAGUGUGAGCUUUUAUCAAGAGGGAAGUGGAACCCUGAUUAUUUGAUGAUCGAUGGAAUGGUUUCUCAGUUAGGAGAUGGAGUUGAGAAGCUGUGGAAACGGGAUGAAGGCGGAACAGGAAAAUACCCUCCUCCGAGUCUACAUGCACUACUUGACAUAUACCUACUAGACAAUGUUACUGAAGCAAGCAAACAUUCUAUUACCAUUUAUUUGCUACUUGAUAUUAUAUAUUCCUUCCCAAACAAAACAGAUACUGCCAUUGAAUCAUUUCCAACUGCCUUUGCCAUUUCUUGGGACCAGGUUAAACUUAUUCAAGGGUUUUGGCUGAUAGAUCAUAAUGACUAUGAGAAUGGUUUGGAUCUUCUGUUUCAUCCAGCUACUGCAAAGCCUGUGUCAUGGCAGCAUGCAAAGCUCAUUCAAGCCUUCAUGAGUCAGGGCGAGCACAGACAGGCCCUCAGAUACAUUCAGACGAUGAAGCCGACAGUGUCCAGUGAUACUGAUAUUAUCCUUCACAUCGAUGUGUUGCUGCUUAAUAGGUGCAUGAUUGAGGCCUGGACUGUGCUGCGGCACCACUCCAACAGACUGAACGCAGAGGGGUUGUUGAAGCACACGUACAAGGUCUGUCAGGAGAUGGGCCUGAUGGAGGACUUGCUGAAGUUGCCGUUUACAGACACUGAGCAGGAGUGUUUGGUGAGAUUUUUGCAGUCCAGCACCAGUGUCCAGAAUCAUGAAUUCCUUUUAGUUCACCAUUUACAGCGUGCCAAUUACAUCCCUGCCUUGAAACUGAACCAGACUCUGAAGAGCAAUGCCAUGAAUGAUCGAGAUCCUCACUUGCGGGAGAGAUCAGUGGCUCGAAAUUCUAUAUUAGACCAAUAUGGGAAAGUUCUUCCUAGAAUCCAUCGAAAAUUAGCCAUUGAGCAAGCUAAGCCUUACCGUGUAUCAGCACUGUCAAUUAUUCGAAAAGUUUCUCGGCCCAGACCAUUAUCAGCUGUUCCAAAACCACCUGUAAUAGGGAGUGUGUUAACAAGAUCUACUUUCAUCCAUAACGUGCUAUCUAAAGUUGGAGAGGUUUGGAAAAGUGAAGAACCUAAAAAUAGCAUCUUAGCCUGCAACAGUCCUAACAUAGAAGGACCAUCUCCUGUAGUGUGUUCUCUCCCAGAUUACGAGCUGCCUGGGGCAUUCAUCGGAACACCAAUCUUAAAAGCAUCACAGAAAGUUUCGAGACUCUUGGAUUUAGUCGUUCAUCCUGUUCCACAGCUUUCUCGAUGUUUGGGGUUUAUUCAGCAAACCCCGCCAAGAUUUUCUUUGGACCUAACAUCCAGUCCACAAUUAAAAGGAUCCUAUCAAAAUACCUCCAGAGCUUCAGAGUUACAUUUACUUGAAACUCCUGCUGUAGUUAAGAAAGCUAAAACUCUGGCCAUGUCAGUUACUUCCUCUGGAUUUGCUGAGUUCACGCCUCAGUCCAUCCUAAGGUCUGGUCUUCUUCGAUCAACACCUUUAGCAUCUCCCUCUCAGUCACCUGGAAGGUCUCUUACUCCUCCUUUACGACUUAAAGAAACUAGAAUUUCAUUCAUGGAAGAAGGCAUGACCACAAAAUGGAUUGCUAAAACUGCAGAUGAUAGCAAAACAAAAGGAUUUGUUACCAUGCCUUUUUAUAAAUCUGGAAUUCCAGGAGAAACUGAAUGGCGGAAGAACAAAGAUAAGACAUGUUUUUCCCUGAUUAACCCUGAAGUGGACCAUGGAGAAAUGGAUGUGAGGUCACAGAAUACACCGUCACGGAGUUUGGAAACACUGGAUGUGAGCAAGGAAAAUAGCAAUGUUUCAACUGAAUCACUGGAGUAUCAAGAUGCUCCAUCACCAGGAGAAUUUGAGUACAUUUUCAUGGCCUCUAAGCCAGCGAGCUGUUCCACUGAAUUAAUUAAUAACUUAACUGAAAAAACUGAGAAGGAUGGUGAUAAAGAUGUAUUUGAAUCAGAAGUAACUCCUCUAUACCUAGAGAAACAAAUGGGCCCCUCUGAAGAUGGGGAGACAAAGGGUCUCUUGGUUGCAGAGGAGGCGGUACUUUCAGGAUUAAAUCACUUAAGCCCUAUUCAGGGGGUUGAAGCUCCUCUUUCUUUACCAUCAACGCACGAGCGGAAAGUCCUUACGCAGAAGCCCAAAGUACCAGCUUCAGAUGAAGUAACAGUUGAAACCUGCACCUCUACAAUUCAAACAGCUGUGGCCGGUGUCCGUGGUGACAGUGGAAGCCCUGGGCUCAUUAUCCCUGAGGGUCCUGUUAUCUCUGAGCACAGGCUCGAGCGGGACACAGCAGUGAAUUUAAGAGAAGAUCAUGAAAUAGAAGUUGAUGUGCUAAAAGAAGGUGCUGACUUACCAGAAGAAAAGCCUCCAAUUUCUGACGAUUCUCCUGAUACUCAAGAAGUUCAUGUGAUUGAAAACGAAAAGCUUGAAGUUCAAGAUUCAGGACAAGAGGCUAGGAAUCUUUCAUUUGAUGAGUAUCCCUCAGGAACUCUGAAGCUUCAAUAUCAUUUUGAGACCAUAGAGCAACAGUUUCAUGACUUACCUGAUAAUAAAGACUCUGCUGAGUGUGGAGACAUUGCUGAAGUAGACGGGGAACUUUUUGUGGCUCAGAGCAACUUUACCUUGAUAUUGGAAGGUGAAGAAGAAGUUGAGACAGGUGAUUCUGCAGCAUCUAAUGUGUUAGCUAAAGCAGCUAACACAGUCACUGAGUCAAAACAUGUUUACACUGGGGAAAAUGAUAACCACGGACAUGAUACAAAUGUGCCAUCUAUCAUAACUAGUGAUCAAGAGUCCCAAAAGGUAGAAACAUUACCAUAUGUGCCUGAACCAAUUAAAGUAGCAAUUGCAGAAAAUUUACUGGAUGUAAUUAAAGACACAAGAAGUAAAGAAACUACUUCAGAUGCAAUGGAACAGUCCAUGCAUGAAAACAUACCUUUAAUAAGCCAAAAGGUAAUGGGUUCCACCAAGUUAGUCAAAUCCACAUUUAAGACUGUUCAAGAAACAAGUACAGUGACCAUAGAUGUUAACCAGGUUAAUGACGUGAUUGCAUCCAGAACUCGAACAAGAAGACAACGUGUCCAAAGCCUGGAUGUCAAAUCAGUGCAGCAGGAAGAGUCAGCAGAUGUCGCUACUCCUGAGAUGCUGGCGGUUUCAGUUACAAAGAAAACUAGGAAAACAAAAGACAUUUCCGAGGCUUCUGAAAGUGCCUUUUCUAAUGUCAAACAAAUAUCUCAGAACCAGCAAAUACCUCAAAAUUCUAUUACUCCUAAAAGAGGAAGGAGAAAGAAAGAAAUUAAUCAAGACACAUUAGAAAGUAUUAAUUCUGUGAAACAAGAAUUACAGGUUACUCCAGGCAGGGAAUUAAGAAGAUUAAGAUCAUCUCAAAUGUUGAAAUCAGCAACCACAGAAACUUCUUACAGAAAAGAGGCUAAGCUUUCAUCUGCUACCAAAAAGACUCCCAAAAGAAAGCAAAAAUCUGUAGAAAAUCAAGAAAGUGUUGAAAUUGUUAAUGACCUAAAAGUGAGUAAAGUAGCAAGUCCUAGCGUAAGUACCAAAAGAUUGAGACAUACUAAUUUAGAAACCUCUGAAGAUAAAGGAAGUGAACAAGACAGAAAGUUCAGUGAACAGCAGCUGCCUGUUCAUCGUAGUAAUAGUAAAAGGGUUAAGAAGAGAGAUGUUAACACAUCAGAUGCUAGAGAAGACUCCAUACUCAAUCCACCCCAGUUGACCCUACUACAAGCAGAAUUUGAUAUGCCUGCUACACCUAGGAAACGUGGUAGACCGAGAAAAAUUAAUCCAUCACAAGAUGUAGGGUCUGAGGCUGGUAAGGAAGAGAGAAGUCCCAAGAACAGGAAAGCUCUCAGCAUCCAAAAGAGGUCUACGAGGAACACCCCAGCUAAAAGUGAAAACACUGAUGUCGGAAAACCAACUGUAGAAAAAUCUGUUUUAGUGCCAAAUGAGGAACUUGUUACAGUGACGAGCUCUAAAAAAAAGAUUACAAAAAGGAUUGGAAGUCAAAGCCAAAAACGUUCAUUACGCUCAAUAUCAGAAAAACACGUAGAGGAAGAUACAAUUCUCAAAGAACCAAAUGACCAAGAAGAAAAAUUACUUGCCAAAACCGCUUUGACUCCAUUAUCCCACAGCACAAGAACGCGAUCUAGCAAGACUGUCUUACCACUGGACUUUUCUGAACCAGAAAAUGAGUCUGUAUUUUCUCCUCCUGUGUCAAAAGUUCCAAGGAAAGAGAGAGCUAGAAAAAUAGAAGCUCCUGAACAGCUGAAGGAAUUGGUUUCAGAUUUAUCUUCUCCGUUUGUCUUCUCACCUCCUGCUAUAAGAAGCAGGCGGAAGAACACAGCUAACACACCCAAACGUGUGCGAGAACUGGAAGAUGAUGCUGUGGGACAACAGAAAGUAACAAGAAUCAGGACUGAGAAAACAAAACAAGCAAGCAAAAUCACAGAAAAAGAAAGUUCUUGGUCACCUCCUCCAGUAGAAAUUAAGCUGAUUUCUCCUUUGGCAACCCCAGUUGACAGAGCGAAGGGCAAGCCAAGGAGAACUGUAGACACGACAGGGAAAACCCUUGGAAGAAACCGGAAGAAACCAUCCUCCUUCCCAAAACAGAUUGUCCGCAGAAAAAUGCUGUAAUUAUUUUCAAGUUUCAAUGUACACCUGUUUGUAAAGUCACAGAAUUGUGAAUUAUUAAAAAUCCUCUAAUUUGGAAGACA